AUGAGCCUGCGGGCCCAGUACGGACAUGAGCCCCUGCUCACUAAUGUGGCUACCAGGCUGAAUAGGAAUGUGCAUGUGAGGCAGCAGAAGUUCGACCUGUAUAACACCAUUCAGGAGAUGGACGGGCUUUUCACAGCUGACGGACGCAGCACACAGUUACAUGCCUGUGACAAAUAUUGCACAUUGGGUGAUGAGGACUACUUAAAAUUGUGUAAAGACCAGCACGACGCAUACAAGGUUCUAGUGAUUCUACCCACGACGAUGUACUUCACGCAGUUCAAGAACGUCUCUCUUGACAGGAUCGUGAAGAAGAUAGGAUACAACUUAUACCGCACUUGCUACUCGUUCCACUCCUCGUACACAGAGGUGGCAGAGUUACUAGCGUAUCUGAAGCCGGAAGCUGCCUAUGCUAAUGUCAAAGCCCCAAGCGAUGCGUCUUUGGCAGAGACACAAGCAAGGCUGAAUGCAUUGCUGGAGUCCUGCUGCAAACCAUCUAAAGGGAGCGAUGUUGGAUGGCAGAACAUUUAUAGCCGGGAACCAGGAGGUGGGGACAGUGAGGGCCAGGCAGUGGGAACCAGGGCACUGGGCACGCUCAGAACACGAGCAACUCAGAAGAGAAAACCUAGAGUGUCUACAAGUGAUGUGGAGAGCUUAGACUUCGGGUCCCCAGCCAAGCAACAGAAAACUGCCGCCAGCUCCUCACAGGGUAGCCCGUCUAGUACGAAACAGACCCGGGGUCGAGGGCAGGGCCGAUCCCAGGCUAGCACACCGCUUGUGGUCGCGACCAGACGCAGCACGCGCCAAUCAGCGAAGACCAUUGGUCAGGAGGAGCCCAGUUUUCCUAGAAUGCAGCGCAACUGUUAUACUCAGACACAGGUAACACCAACUAAAGAGGUGAAGGCAAGGCCAGUAACGCCUGUGUCCAGGCAAGACUCCAGUGAGCCACACUCAGCCUUCGAUGGUAGCCCCCAAAGCGACAGCGAGCUGGAUCUGGUGUCCAGCCAGACAAGUGGUGACAGUUCACAGACUAGCAGCCAUGAAGCACGCAGCUGGGCUGGCGGCAGUUUCCUAGCGGCUGUUAGCUCUUACAGCGAUGAGGAUGAUGAGCAGACGGGCAGAGUGUGUCUCCUUGACGAUGAUGAGCAUUGUGACGACGCAUACCAGGAUGUGAGCCAGGUGGAGGGCGUGGUUAGUGACGAGGAGGAGGGGCUGACUCUUGAUAACAUCCAGCCGAUUCCCCAGAACCAGCCAGUAGCCCACACUGGUGUACCCAGUACUCAGGGAGCUGCUGGCUCCCAGACACAAGGGACCCAGCCCCAUUCUGCAGACCCAGAGAAGCACAAACUUAUCCAGCAGCAAUUGGUCUUGCUUAUUCACGCUCACAAGUGUAAGUGGCGUGAGCAGAGCAAUGGUGAGGCGUGCAUCCUGCCACACUGCAGAACCAUGAAGAAUGUGCUUAACCACAUUACCACUUGUAGUGCUGGCAAGUCAUGUCAAGUUGCUCACUGUGCUUCAUCAAGGCAGAUAAGCACCCACUGGAGAACCUGCUUGCGACAGGACUGUCCGGUGUUCAUUCUAUUGAAGCACGCCUCUGAUCGCCAGAAACAGCCUGUGGCAGAGGCAGCAGCAGGCGCAGCACUGGCGACGGUGAAUGCUGCUACCCCACAAAUCCCCUCCGACAUAAAUGAGGCACAGAUGCAGAAGGCAUACGCUGCCCUAGGACUCGCCUUCAAUUUGAUACGGGCUUUCGCCUCCAGGCCUGGACAACUCAAUAAUCAAGGAAAAGGGGUCUUAGCCUUGAAAUAUUGGGUUCAGUAUUGUGUGCGUGUUUCAAUGAACCUAGGUUUGAAUCCAGGCCAGCCAGCGCAGGUUGGUAACUCCAAUCCGACCCUAAACUCCCUCACUGCUGUGGGUGGUUUGAAUGCCACAGAUGGGCUGCAGAUUGUGGCACAGACAAACAAAGGCACAAAACAGUGGCACGAGAGUGUCACCCAGGAUCUAAGAAAUCAUCGUGUCUAUAAAUUGGUUCACGCAAUAUUCCCCAAUCCAGAUCCAGCUGCAAUAAAGGACAGAAGGAUGAACAAUUUUGUUGCAUAUGCAAGAAAAGUGGAAGGGGACAUGUAUGAAGAAGCCAAUAGUAGAGAGGAAUAUUACCAUUUUUUGGCGGAGAAGAUCUACAAAAUCCAGAAAGAGUUGGAGGAGAAGCGUAUCCGUCGCCAUGAGGAACAACACAAGCAGCAGAGUGCAGGGACAGAUGUGCCAGGAAUGGGCCCAAUCAGGCCUGUUGCUCAAACCAAUGGUCCAAUGUCUAACCCUACGUCCAGCUUGCCUGGUGACCUGUUUGGCAACCAGACCAGCAUAGCAACACCUGGUAUGGGCCCCAGAGUGCCUGCCAUGCAGCCGGGACCAAGUCGAACCACACCUCCACUUGUGAAGCAGGAGCCUGGUAUGCGGUCAGUGAAAGAGGAGCUGACCGGUCUGGACACUGGUGGGGUGUCCAAACCCAAAACGGAGCCCCUGAACUCCAGUGAGGACAUGAAGUCAAGCCCCAUGGACACCAGCCAGCCUUCAGGCAUCACCCCAGUACCCUCACCUGCACAGCUCAAACCUCCUAGGUCAAAGAAAAUUUUCAAGCCAGACGAGUUGCGCCAGGCAUUGAUGCCAUCUCUUGAAAAGUUGUAUCGACAAGACCCAGAAUCCCUGCCUUUCAGGCAGCCAGUUAAUCCUGUGGCUCUCCAGAUACCUGCAAAAAAGGCUUAUGAGGAGGAAAGAUUACUCGGCCCUUACAAAAUUCCUUCCUCCCAAGAUGGAGUAUGUGAUUUCCGUGCGACUCUCAAAAGUGCAGAUGUCCCUGUAUGAAAAGUACCUGGAGCUGUCAGGGGUGACCACCAACCCUGACACAAAAUUCAAGGGGGCGCAACUCUUCAAGGACUAUCAGGCCCUCAUGAGGAUAUGGACCCACCCCUGGGUGCUGAAACUUGACGAGAUCCGACAAGAGAAUAAGCGUCAGUUUGAUGACAGCAAGGAUUCUUUCAUAGAGGAUGAAGACAGUAAGGCUGAAGACUGAUUUAUAAAUGACUCCACCACGUCGGAUGAGGAUGAUGACGAAAUGUCCGACGACUCGACAAAAAAAUCCAAAAAGGAGGGUGCGGG